UUUUUUUUUAAUUUCUGAAAACAUGCAUGGAAAUGCAUGUUUGAAUAUAUAUUUUAUAUUAAUGAUUUUGUUUUACUUUUAAUAUUAUUGAGAUAUUAACUAUCCUACCUUUUAAGUUGAAUCUAACUGGGCAGUGUUCUAAAUUUUACCAAAAUCAAAAAAAAAAUAAUAACUUAUUCACUAGAAAUAUUCACCAAAACAUACAGAGGUACUUAUACAUAAAUAUACGCCACUGUCCUGUAUACUAUAGUUAUGUCAUCGCUCAUAUCAUUUUAUGAGUUACAAUAUUAUCAGUAAUAUGCAUGCUCCAGUUUCACUUUAGAAAGCCGUGCUCUAACAUUUGCAAACCGACUGAAACCGGUUCGCCAUUCCGAUAACAUUGUAUAGUCAAAACAAAACAAAUACUAAGCAUUACUUAGCGACAACAAUUUGCUAUUAUGCCUUUCAUCCAAUUUACUACCACACAUUUUCCCGCUCCAUUUAUAAACAAAUAUUGAUGAAAUACACAACCUGACAAACUGAUAUCAGAUUAUUACACCCAAUUUGUUACCAUGUGAGUAUGGCUGCGAUGUGUUCGUUCACGUUCACAGUGGUUCUCUGGUUCGAAUCCCUUUGAAAAUAUAACGAAGCAUUAUAAUCAGUUAAUUAUAAAUUCUUUAAUAUUUCAAUGAAGUAGAAAAUAUUGGAGAGAAAAUCUAAUCAUGUAUACCCGACUUAGCACCAGAUUGCUAUUUUAAGACAAUUUAGAAGUUUAACUGAAUAACACACUUGUGGUUUUUGUAUUUAUUUAACCAUUGCCAUAACUUUAUUUAUGUUUAUAUAAAUGUGAUUUUAACAACCACAAGGGGAAUUCUAAAUAACUAUUUGUACAAUCAACAUUUAUUUACAUUUUCAUAACCUCAAUUUACCACUAUUUGUUAACAAAAUAUAAUUUGUAAUAUUUUAUCUUUACUACAAAGAAUAAUUCGGCAUGCUUGUUGGUAUUUAUAUAAUGUUUCUAAAUGUUCGAAAUUCAGGUAUAAUUCAUGGUUAAUUUAAAAUAUAUUACUACUGAUUAUCUUAAAGUAACUUAUAAAUUCUGAAAAUACAUUGAUGUAGAAACACCCAAUAAUGUGUAAUCUGCUUCCCUGUAAAAUUUUAUCACAUUAAUUGGGCAAAAUCCAUAAUGUAAUACUGGGACCGCUGAUAGACUUCAUUACGCAGCACAUUUCCACCAAAACCAAUAACAUUGUUUGCAGGAGGCGAUGCCUCUAAAUCCGUCGCACCAUCACCAAUCAUUGUAAUAUUAGUGUUGGGAUGGUAGCAUUUAAUAAUCGAAACUGCUUCAGCUUUGCCGCCACUUUUUGAAGUCGGUUGUGAAGUAUCAAAACUUGCAUAGUCACCAUUAAAAUAAAAAAGUAGUUUAUUUGCAAAUAUAUGAUUUCGGGGUAUUCCCAGUUCAUCGGCAAUGGGAUCGAUCAAACAAUGAAAUCCGCCCGAAAUUAGAUAAAUUUCCUUCCUUUCCGAUUUUAGUUUUUCUAUAAAAGCUCUAAUAUUUUUAGUUAAUGUACAAGGACGUUGUUGGAGAAACUCAUUGAUCUGCUUUUGGCUUGGUCGAAUAAUAUUUAAUCUUAUAUUUAAGGCAUCUUGGAAAGACAUUGCGCCACCCAUGGCUUCUUUUGUGACGCGUGCUACCUCCGAACCCUUACCGCAAAAAUCUGCCAGCUCAUCGAUCCCUUCUUCACAGAUUAAAGUUGAAUCAACAUCGAAACAGAUUACAUCAGAUUUUUUUACAAUUUUAGAGGCUUCUUCGGGAUUUUUACUUGACUUUAAAGCGUCGCUGUUAGGAGCUGACACCAUAGUUCUAUUUAUUAAUGAUGCUUUUCCGGAGGAAUUUAAUUGACCAUUAUCUGUAUACGUAAAGUCUGAAUUUGAUGUUGAAGCAGUAGAUUGAAUAGCUGCUGUAAAUGUAUCAUUUAAGAGAUUCCCGCUUCUUGCCACGCGAACCGAACCCAUAGUCAUUCGAUUCAUUGUUUACUCAAAUUAUGCCAGUUACGUCAAUCAGAACAGAAAAAAGUAGCUUCAGUUGCUGGUGCUGCUAUUGUUUUGUUUACUUGUAGCCUUUCGACGAUGACUUUUUUUCUUUAAUGGAUUAAGUGAUAAUAUGAUGAUGAUGCGUAUUCAAUAGCGAUUGGCUUUUUUACUUCAAAAAUUUUAAUCACGCCACAAUUUAUUAAUCCUAUUUUUGUAACUCAGAGCAACUUUGUUAAAGGGUUUAUUUUUAUGAUGCUGGUUUACUGCAUACAAAUAUAAUGUAAUUAAUUAACCAAACAAAUACAAAUUUAGAAAGAUAUGUUGAUUGCAGGAAAACACGCUAACAAGUAAAUUUAUAUUUGCUCUUUGCGCAGUUCUUAAAUGAAAGCAAUGCGCAAAUUUUCCCAUAUAUACAAGUAAAUAUUCCAUUUUGUGUCCCAAUGGAAAUUUCCAAUGAUUGUUGUCACUAAUCCAAACAGAUGAUAAGCAGUGUUGCAGUUCAACCGAUUUGUACCUUAAUUUUAUAAAAUUAUUAUAGGACUUAUAUGAGAUCAACAAUAUUUAAAUCAAUAUGAAAGCCAUUAUAACGACAACUUUAAAAGAUAUUUUAAAUUUUGACCUUUUGUUAUGGUCAACUUACAGUAUAAACUGUAAUUCAUCAUACAAAUUGUAUUUACAUUAAAUUUAGUAUUUUUUGUUUAUGUUCAAGGUAAUAGCUUAAGAUAGAAAUUACAUAUUCAGUAGUUUAAAUAAUUCAAAUUUAAACCAAAUUUUGCAAUUUUGCGAUCCAUAGUGGUCAUCAUGGAACUUACCAAUAGUGGGCUUACACAAAUAUUAUGGGCUCACUGAUGAUCAGCUGAUUUGUGUUUUUAUUCAUAGCAUUAUUGAAUCACCCUGUGUGACGAACACAUUUUAUUUUCUUCCUCCUCUAUUAUUAAAUAACUGUCGGUCUUGAAAUUGUUAUAAAAUAACUCUUUUUUUUUUAUAAAAUAAAAUGCUUUCUUUUAUUUAUUCUAUGAGAACUGUGUUCGUUCGACAGCAAAGUGUUGACGCAUUUAGGAGACUUCAUACAUCAGCUUUGUGUGAAGCUGCCCGUAAGGGUACUCGAGAGAAGGCUCGAAAGAAGAAAGUUAAAGUUGAAGUAAAGAAAGUGGGAUUCAUACCACAUAAUCAAAGGGAUAAGAAAAUUAACUUGCAACGUGAAAAUUUACACAUUGACGAUUCUUGGAAGCAAUUACCUCAAGACAAUGUUUAUGUUCUCAAAUACUAUCGUUGGCCGGUAUACACGGUUGCUGAGGCUAUACAGUGUCACCGUGAAACGCAUCACCCUUCUAUGUACAAUGUUCCCAAUGCUCCACUCAACGUAGAUAUUGAAUUGGAUAUGCGAGCAGAAAAGAAAAACCGAUUCGUUGACAACUUUCAGCGCAUGGCUAUGAUACCACAUAAAUUCGAGCACGGUGAGGAGCGAAAAAUUCUCGUUUUCACGAAAGGAAAUGAUGAGAUCAGUGAAGCGCGAGAAGCAGGUGCUACACUUGUAGGUGGUAUUGAGUUGAUAAAGGACAUAACCAAUGGAGAGCUAUUGCUAACCGAUUAUCAAUUUGUAAUAGCACAUCCCAAUAUUUUGCCAGAGCUGGUGGCUCUGCGAGGACUGAUGAAGCGUAAGUUUCCAAAUCCACGAAGCGAGACUCUAGGUACAAAUUUAGGGGAAAUGAUUGAACGCUUUUCAAAUGGCAUUAGCUAUACAGCCACCAAGGAUGAGCAUCAACAAGAUUUUGGAUUGAUUUCAACAAACGUGGGAACAUUAGAUAUGGAUAGUCAAAAAUUAGAAGAAAAUUUAUGUUCCUUACUGCAGGAUGUUAAUUCAGUACGCCCUAACCGUGAAGGUGAACGAUUUGUAAAACGUGUACUACUUAAGAGUCCACCGAGUAGUGAACGACUUAAAAUAGAUGCUUAUCAAUAUAUACCAGAGUUUUACGUAAAAACAGCUAAUAAAGCUUCUGCGAAACCCAACGAAGUCGGGGAGCGGGCGGAAGAAUCUAGUGAAAAACAACAAGCUUUUGCUGCUCAAUAAUGUUGUAUUUAAAGUUUGUUAAUUGACAAGUAAUAUGUAUUAUUGAGUGUUAUAAAUAAAGGUUGACUGAAA